GACGUUUGGACAUACGUUCCGUUUAACGCAAUAAAAUAGUGACUUUUUAAUAAAAAGAUAAUAUAGUUAAGUUUUACGAAGACUUUUGAAGUAAAAUUGUGUGUAAUUUUUUUGGGAAUCGGGUUAAAAGUGAUUAGAAUUUUAGAAAAUGUUGUGUUUUUAAUUGAAUGAAUGAGCACGGUAAUAACUUUUUUGAUUUUAGCCAGUGAAAAUUCAAGUUCAAGCAACGAAUAAUUUUAAAUUCGUAGACGUUAAAAAAUAACGUAACUAUGAACUAAAAAGACUGUAUCCUUGUGAUUGAAAAUUGACUGAAAAAGUGUGUGAUAAUGGACUCAAAAGUCGAAAUGGGUGAAACCCAAACCCAAAAAAAAGUUCCCAAACCAUUUUCCAUAGAAUCUUUAAUCGGGGACCGAAAAUCACCAGAAAUAGACAUAGAGAAUAAUAUUUCAGAAAGUUCUAGAAACUCAGAAGAUGAUGAGAGUGAGAGAUUAGAUGGAUUUAAUCAGAUGCGAUAUUACGCGCCAUUUUUGCAACAAAAUGGUUUCCCGUUCUUACUUGGAUACCCUGAACCGUGGUUGUCAAGGGUCUUGGGUGCUGUGCCGACGCCGGUGAGAGAAAAUAGAGAAGAAGAGAAAAGAGACAGUCCUGUUAGUGUUGGCAGUGAGGCAGAGAGUGAUGGUGGGGAGGAGACUAAUCCAGGUAACGACUCAGAGCCAGAUCAAGAGGACUCGAGCACGGACGCAGCCCGGGAGAGCAAGGCGCGCCGACGCCGCACCGCCUUCACCUCGGAACAACUCCUCGAGCUGGAGAGAGAGUUCCACGCCAAGAAGUACCUGAGUCUCACUGAGAGGUCACAGAUAGCGUCCGCUUUGAAGCUUAGUGAGGUGCAGGUAAAAAUAUGGUUCCAAAAUCGUCGAGCGAAAUGGAAACGCGUAAAAGCUGGCCUCGCAUCCGGCAGUCACUCCAGCAAAAACGGAUCCGGCACCAAAAUAGUCGUUCCGAUACCUGUCCACGUCAACCGAUUCGCCAUCCGAACGCAACACCAUCAAAUGGAGAAACAGAACUUACAAUAUCGAUUAGAAAGACAGCAGCCUUUACCAGGAAGCUUAUUACAAUCUCAAACUUCAGCUUUCCUAAGUGCAACUAAAAUCGAUUCAAAUAAUCGACUCGAUAGGGAACCGAUUGUGAACGGUCGCAGCCCUAUGUUUGACGUUUCAAUGACAGGCCGAAUGGCGGCAAUGAGUCCGAAUAUGAGACAUUUUCAAAAUGGCCGGCCGAGCUAAUUUUUGGUUGGUUUGUUGUAUUUAUGGACCAUGGUUUCUUGGAGUUAGACUUGUGAGGUAUAUUAAUGAGUUAUUUCAGUAUCUGAAUAGUGAAUCAAUUUUGGGUUAAUUAAAAAAAAGGCUUAAUCUUGGGUAGAUAUCAAGUUGGGCCAUGAAUAUAUUGCCUAAAUAGAACUAAAAUAUGAUGCGAUCAGGACAAAUCUCUUUAGUUUCAGUUCUGGUUUCAAUUUAAAGGAUGGAAAACUAGUUGAAAGUCUUCUAAUUACUCAUAUUCCUAUGGGUUUACUGAGAAGGAUUGAUGCUAUUGUUGAAAAUGCUCUUCUUAUUGCGAUCUCGAGUUGUGGUGGCCUAGUGAAUUUUAAAUGUUCGAUUCCGCGUCAGCAAGAAUGUAUUCUUUUAGAAACCCCAUUCUUUCAGAUUGGUCACACACAUCGCUAUAGUCAAACUUCCAAGAGCCAAUUACUUAUAGUUGUAGGAACUUAAUUUAACUUGUAUUAUAUUUAAAGUAUAAAAGCAAUGCCUAUUAUGUCAAAUUAAUAUCGAUAUUAAACAAUGUGUGAUCUAUA